UAUUAAUAUAAAACUAUUGAAAGCAUGCACAUCCACAACACAAAUGUGCAAACAAUAUCAUCAAAAAGGGGAAAAUAGACUACGUUCAUUGGUAUUUCUUAUUCAUUCUAAAUAAAGAUUAGAAUAUGAUCAAGAGAACAAAUUGAAAUAAUACAUUUUCCUUUCAUUGUAUGUACAGUAAAUACACUGCAAUGUGCACUGCACGCUCUACUACACAUAUCUAAAUAAACAUUAUGCAAUUAACUGCACUGUAAUUUUAUAAUUAUUAUUGUUGUAUAAAUUAAUAAUAAACUCAUAACUCCUCUCUAAAUUACAUGAUAUGCUGUCCCACUUUGCCAAUAUGCUUCCGGUAAAAUUGGACAGAGAAUAUAAUUAUUCGCUAUAAAAUAUGUUCAGAUAAAUUGGAAUUAUUUUACACAUUUUCAAUACACUUUUACAUUAGAAAUCAUUAUAUCUAACAUAAAAAAAUUGAAUUUUUUCCAAGAUUUCCUGACCAUUGCUUUUUUUCCACUGGUGUUCAUGAAAUGAGCCCUGCCACGCAUCCCAAUGUUAUGUCAUCAACUUAAAACCCCUCAAAAGUAAAUAUGGAUAUAAGGGGUGUCAAGCUUAACUGUCGCACUUUCCCCAUAUUCACCCAACUUUUAUAUGAGUUCUUGGCAUGUUUCAAUGUCAAAACAAGUUAAAUGCAAGCAGAUUUGAGAGGAACACUGUCACCUAGCUGCUAGCUAAAACAUACCUGAAGACCAAACGUUGCCAUAUAUUAUAAUGUGAGUUGCAACUAGCUUUUAGUAGUCUUUUUCUCUCUCACACACACAAUUUUAAAAAAAGUGUAUGUGUGUGUGUGUUGCGCAGAUCUCGCGAUAGUGUUGCGGUCGCUCAGCGGCAGUCACUGGUGCAGCAGGGCUGAGGGAGACGGAGAGAGAAGGUAAGCGGGUUGGCUGCAUCAUGGCGGAUAGAGACAGUGGAAGUGAGCACGGUGGAUUUGCUACAGGCCCCGGCGCCAGCCCAGCUCACCCGGGUGAGAUGGGCGCAGCAUCGCGGCUCCAGCACGACACGGAGGAGCUCGCGUCGAAGCGGGUUGAUAUCCAAAACAAACGCUUCUAUCUGGACGUGAAGCAGAACGCCAAAGGCCGCUUUCUGAAGAUAGCAGAGGUCGGGGCCGGGGGAAACAAGAGCCGCCUGACUCUCUCCAUGUCGGUGGCCGUGGAGUUCCGCGACUACCUGGGAGACUUCAUCGAGCACUACGCCCAGCUGGGCCCCAGCAACCCUGACGUGGUGCAGGAUGAACCCAGGAGGGCGCUUAAGAGCGAGUUCCUGGUGCGGGAGAAUCGGAAGUACUACAUGGAUCUGAAGGAGAACCAGAGGGGGAGGUUUCUGAGGAUCCGGCAGACCGUGAAUCGGGGUCCCGGAAUGGGAUCGUCGCAAGGCCAGACUAUCGCUCUUCCAGCUCAAGGACUCAUCGAGUUCCGCGACGCCUUGGCCAAACUUAUCGACGACUUCGGAUUGGACGAGGACCCCGCGGAGCUGCCGGAGGGCACCUCAUUGACUGUGGACAACAAGCGCUUCUUCUUCGAUGUGGGCUCCAACAAGUACGGAGUGUUCAUGCGGGUCAGCGAAGUGAAGCCCACCUACCGCAACUCCAUCACGGUGCCCUGCAAAGUGUGGUCGAAAUUCGGCACGACGUUCUGCAAAUACGCCGACGAGAUGAAAAAGAUCCAGGAGAGGAGCAGAGAGAGGAGGGCGCGAGAGAUGCUACCGGAGGGCCUGCACGGAGACGACGGGGACGAGGAUUAAUGGAUAAAUGCCCGACAUUGAAACGAGACAUGAAAAUCAGACGUUACUGUAAUGCGAGAUUUGAGAUGGAUCGCUCUACACACAACCCUCACAGACUUUAACAGUUGCAUCUCUUCACCCAUCGCCGGAUGUUACCCACUUACCAACCAUUUAACACAUUUGAGCUCUCCACCAGCAAAUGUAUGCCUUUGCUUUCAGACCACUGACUAGUAUUGGUUUGAUGCACAACAGGCUGUGGAAAGAACCUGUUGGAUGGUACUGUGACUCUGAGCUGGAUUGGCAGAGCUAUUUCAAGUCCAAGUCCUCCAAUUAGAGGAGCUGAUUCCAAUGUCACCUGCAUUUAUGAGCAGAAAGUGCAUUUUUGAGCAAAUGGGACUGCGCAAACAUAUCCGCACUUUCCAUUUCCAGCAGAAACAACCUGGAACCAGUUAAAAAAAAAAAUGACAAGCUACCGUUUUAACUUUAUCUACAUCUUAAUGUCCUAAUUACAAUAAGUUGUAUGCGUGCGUGUCUGAUAAUUAAACAUUUCCCCAUCCCUGUUGUUAAACCAUGGCCAGUCACAGACUUUGGUUAGUUCUCAUAUGUCACGAUUCUUUGGUCUCACAAGCUCAAGGCUUUGACCAGCUUAGCAUGUAACUGUGAGCAUAUGUGAGAGUUUUGCGUACUAAGCAGACUGUCCAGGAGUUGUUUGGGAUGGGGGUUCUGCAUCAAGGGUCAAUGCACAAGGAGGGUAUUCACAUAUCCCACCAAUCAUCUCCUUUUUAUUCCCUAUCAAAUGUGUUGUACUUAAAAAUAUAUAUAUGACCUGUGAUGUGUGUGUAUAUAUGGUUUGUUACAUAUGAUGCUCCUCUUUAUU